CGCUAUUGAUUGUUGUUGGAAAUCGCCGUCGAGCUGUAACAGUGCAGAGGAAUUUCUAUCAAAACCACAAAAUCUGGCUUGUGUGUGACUUCAAAUCACACCAGUUGGGGUUGCGGAGGGACUGUGGCACCCUACCGAGUCCCCAACCGGUUGCUUAAGUGCCAGGGUUUGGUGUGAAGUUGAAUUUGGGUGGUGCGUGCGUGCGUGCGUGCAGAAUACGAUGGAGUCAUCCGAGGAACAGCCUACAAACUUUUCUCUAGUGAUUAGUUUGAAGAAUCAAAUCACAGAGCAUUUUGCGGAAUAAGGAAUGUACGGACCUUUAGACCACACUUGGAGUGAGUUUGCUACCGAUUCCGUCACCACAUAUCAGCUGGCAUCUCCUGCUGGCCCACUACGAGGUUUCUCGAACAUUUGCUGAUGGAGUUGUUCAAUUGGAGCUGUCUUUCAUCUGUUUAGGUGGACCAGUUUCUUUUCACGGUUUCACUAGUGAUCGUACAGUGCGACUUUUCUCAAUCUUUUUUAGGGCGGUUGCGAUAUUGGGCGAGUUAGUCUUUGGUCUAGAUUUGCGCUCUGUGACUGUGACCUGAUACUCCUCGUGGCUUCAUUCGAAGUUUCUGUCUCGCGGACCCGCAGUUGGUUUUGCCGUUGGGUGGAAGAUGUUCUUGCCAAAGUAUGUCGUGCUCAAAAACUUCGUUCAAAAUAAGGUUUGUCGGUGCGGGAUUUGGAGUUUUGAUGACACGAGUUAGAAGCCGUGGAAGCUUGUAGAAGAGGUCGUUUCAGGGGAUUCCUUUGCGAUGAAGUUACAAUAUGAGUGAUGGUUACAAUCCUGGGAAAAUUAGUGCGAUGGUUUGAGUAGUUUGAAACUUUUCAUUGCCUCAAAAAGUUGGCAGUUGUAUCAUAGGGUAUGGCAGGAUGGUUGAAGGGAAGGGUGAAGGUAGGCGCCAUACUGGCCUUGUUGAAGGACCAGACCGCUGCUUCUCUAGCAAGGGCAAGCGGGACUUUCCCUCGCUUACAAGUGGCAAUUUUAAUGGGCACAAGUCACAACGAGUGCCUGCCUGCGGAGAGUUACGUGGAAGAAAUUCUUGCUACAGGAACUGGAUCUCGCAUGCAAGUCACUUACUGCAUACAGCAUCUUAGGAAGCGCCUGAAUAAGACACAGAACUGGGUCGUGGCCAUUAAGUGUCUCGUCAUCUUGCACAGGUGCAUUCUGGACGGCGGUUUCCUCUUCCAAGAUGUCCUCUCCUUCAGCUCCAUUAAAGAAGCCAAGCAGUAUCUCCAGUUUGAAAGGAUAAGGUAUUCCCAAGCUCCUGUGGAAAGGGAAUAUUGCUUGUGGGUGGGUCAAUACGCCUCUUACUUAGACGCGAGGCUGAGGUGCGCCCAUACUUUGAAAACGCAUCUUGAUUGCAGGUGGAGCGUUGAGAUCAUUGCGAAUAGAGUGGAGUACAUGGACACCUCAGAGCUCUUGCAUCAGUUGGAAGCGUUGCAGAACUUGAUGCAUGGUCUUUUCCUUUGUCAGCUUGGAGGUGAAUCGGGCGAGCAUCCAGUUAUUCAAGGCGCCCUGGUGCUUGUGGUGAUGGAUAGCUAUAAAUUGCAUGAGGAAAUCAGGCUCCGCAUUCAGGAAAUCCUAGACAGAAUCGAGAUUCUGCAGUUCGCUGAGCUCUUACACGUUUUACAUAUUUUCAAGAGAGCUAUUUCCCAGUUGCAAUGCCUGGAGACGUUUCUGGCGAGCUGCAAGGAAAUGAGAUUGUUUUCUGACUUGCCCUGUCCGGGGAAAGGUGUCGUGUCAAAACUUGAGAUACAGAAAGUGACUGAGAUGAUCCAGAACCUACAAAAUAAUCCGAAAGCUCCUUCGAAUGCAAAUUCGGUGUCAUUAGGCAAAAACAAGUCGGAUGGAAACGCUGCUCUCAACUCGCUCAACAUAGGAGGUCAAGGUCCUCUGCUUAGGACUACUAGUCAACCUAUGAAGCAAUUGCCUAGACAUGCCCAAGUUACCAAUGGAUAUAUGACUCGAGAGUUUCCUUUCAUUGCAGAAGAACCAGCCCCACAUCGUCAUUCUGUCGGUGGCGUUGCCGACUUAAUCGAUCUUUCAGUGGAUAUAGAUGUUUCAAAUUUGGGUAAAGGUAAUACAGUCAAUUUUCCUCCUUCCACAAUGCAGGACCUGAUCACAUUCUAAUUUUUCUGAGGUAUAUCUCUCACUCUCAAACGUAGAUACGUUUUCAGUUUUGGUCACUCAAAACAGAUGUUUGCUAGAGGCUCCAGGCAAAGAACGAUGCAGAUAAAGUGGCUGGCUUCAGCAAUCAUCCUGGCCCCUGCCUUACUGUUCUAUCCAGAUCUUUAUGACCCAUGUCUGAAUUGCUUCAUUUGUACUCUACAGAAGUUAUUGAGCUUGAAGAGUGUACAUACGAGCCAUGUACACUGGAAGCCCUUUGUUCAGAAAGACAAUUCUUUUUCAAACUGCCUGUUGUAAAGACCUGUGCAUGUAGGUCCAAGUCUUGGUUAUUGGGGUCGGCCAUUGUAUUCAAGUUUAUCUUCCAAAUAAACAAUGGAUUUCAACAAAA